AUGAUUCCCAGUGCAGUUCUUACGAGCGCAUUCGCGCUUCUGGCAUCCGCUCGUUACGUUCCCGACGGAUGUCCGCGGAAGAUUGGCACAGAGGGUGUACACGCUCGCAUCCCGCCAUUUUUGAGUACCGCCAGCCAGCACGACCACGGCAAACCAUGGUGUCCACCGCCUGUGGGCUUUUACUUCAAGCCAUGGUGGAUGAUUCUCGCCACAAAUCCCCAGUAUGUCGCAAUGCGUAAUAUACAGUACGACCCAACCCCAGUCGACCCCUCGGACCCGACAGGUUUAGUGAACGACCUCUUUUCGUUCCAGCGUCCAGGCAAUAGCACCAUCUUCACUACGUAUGGCGUUGAUACUCCAGACCCGCAUAUACCGGCUGUGUUAGACUUUGCAGCAACUGGGAUUCUCAAGGGUGCUACCAGUCGAUUCGCCAUCUUGGUUUGGGGAUGCGAUGCCAACAGAGUGCCUUACUAUGCGAGCUACUCGACAGCAACCAAUCUCACGCAGACACCACCAGGUAUCGAUUUGUUGAGUACGAGUAACGAGGGGCCGGAUCAGGCAACCCUUGAUGCAAUCCUGAAGGCGCUCAAAGAUCUGGACACUCCAGAGAUUACAGAAUAUGUAAACAAGUUGAACCGAACGGCGCAGGAUGGUGCACGGAACAACUUGCCUAGGGUUAGUAUCUGA